AUGAAGUCAGCCUCCUUGCUCACAGCAUCCGUGCUGUUGGGCUGUGCCUCCGCCGAGGUUCACAAGCUCAAGCUUAACAAGGUGCCUUUGGAAGAGCAGCUUUACACGCAUAACAUCGACGCCCAUGUCCGCGCUUUGGGCCAGAAGUACAUGGGUAUCCGCCCGUCCAUCCACAAAGAGCUGGUCGAGGAGAACCCUAUCAAUGACAUGAGCCGUCAUGAUGUCCUGGUGGACAACUUCCUGAAUGCACAGUACUUCUCUGAGAUCGAGCUGGGUACUCCCCCCCAGAAGUUCAAGGUUGUCCUGGACACUGGUAGCUCGAACCUUUGGGUUCCUUCGAGCGAAUGCAGCUCUAUUGCCUGCUACCUCCACAACAAGUAUGACUCGUCUGCCUCAAGUACGUACCACAAGAACGGCAGUGAAUUCGCCAUCAAGUACGGCUCUGGCAGCCUUAGCGGAUUCAUUUCUCAGGACACCCUGAAGAUUGGCGACCUGAAGGUCAAGGGACAGGACUUCGCCGAGGCGACCAACGAGCCUGGUCUUGCCUUUGCCUUCGGCCGGUUCGAUGGCAUUCUCGGCUUGGGUUAUGACACCAUCUCCGUGAACAAGAUUGUUCCUCCCUUCUACAACAUGCUUGACCAGGGUCUUCUUGACGAGCCCGUCUUUGCCUUCUACCUUGGAGACACCAACAAGGAGGGUGACGAUUCCGUGGCGACUUUCGGUGGCGUCGACAAGGACCACUACACUGGCGAGCUGAUCAAGAUCCCCCUCCGUCGCAAGGCUUACUGGGAGGUUGACCUUGACGCCAUUGCUCUUGGCGACGAUGUUGCUGAGUUGGAUAACACCGGUGUCAUCCUGGACACUGGUACUUCCCUGAUUGCUCUGCCUGCUGACCUGGCCGAGAUGAUCAAUGCUCAGAUCGGUGCUAAGAAGGGCUGGACCGGCCAGUACACCGUUGACUGCGACAAGCGCUCGUCCCUGCCCGACGUUACCUUCACACUUGCCGGCCACAACUUCACCAUCACCUCGUAUGACUACACCUUGGAGGUGCAGGGCUCUUGCGUCAGUGCCUUCAUGGGCAUGGACUUCCCUGAGCCGGUUGGUCCUUUGGCCAUUUUGGGCGAUGCGUUCCUGCGCAAGUGGUACAGUGUGUAUGACCUUGGCAACAGCGCUGUUGGUCUGGCUAAGGCUAAGUAA